ACAAAGCAACAUCAAAAAUCAAACAGCUAUCUAGAGAUUUGUUUUCACGUUCAAAGAAAAAAGGACAAUACCACAAUGCUGAGUUCAUACCUGCUCCUCUUCACAGUUGCCCUUGUGGCUUCUAACUUCAUCUACAAAUUUGCCCAUAAGUACCGCAAUCUUCCACCAGGUCCAUUGGGGGUGCCCAUCUUGGGCUACCUACCCUUUUUGGAUGUCAGCAACCUUGGGGAGGCUUUCAAGAACAUUGCCAAGACUUAUGGCGACAUCUUCAGCCUCCGAGUGGGAACUGAAAUGGCCGUGGUAUUAAACAGCUACGAGUCCAUCAAGGCGGCCUUUAGUAAGACCGAGCUGUGCGCUCGACCCAACACAUUCAUGUUCCGGUUCUUCAGCCAAGGCGAGAACGGGAUCGCCUCCACCAGUGGCGAGAAGUGGGAAGUGCAACGCAAGUUCACCCACUCCAACCUCAAGGCAUUGGGCUUUGGUCAGAACAAGAUGGAGAGCUUCAUCAAGGACGAGAUCCAUGAUCUCAUCGAGUUGCUGGAGGAGAAAUCCAAGGGUGGUCAACCUGUUGAGAUUGGCUACGACAUCAAUGUGUCCAUUGUGAACGUGAUUUGGGCUCUGAUCACAGGCGAGCGGAAGCCUCAUCACGAUCAAAAGCUGCGUGACUUCCUGACCUCGGUGAACAAGGGCAUCGAAUUGGCCUCCACGUCCGGCAUCCUCUUGUUCAUGCCCUUCCUCGUCAAGAUCUUCCCUGAGAGCAUGUUUGGCAUCGACAAGAUGCGCAAAUGGAUGAAACACUCCUACAGCUAUCUGCAAGAAGUGAUUGACGAACACAAGGUCAACCACACGGACGUCAGCUCAAACCAGGAUUUUAUCGACGCUUUCCUCUCGGAAAUGAAGAAGGACGGUGCUCAUCCUUCCUUCAACGAGUUCCAAUUGUUGGUUCUCUGCUCGGAGCUGUUUGGUGCCGGUGGUGAGCCCACUUCCGUCACCCUGAAAUGGGCUCUGCGAUUCCUGGCCCUCAACCCGCACGUGCAAGCCAAGGCUCAAGCUGAGAUCCAGCAAGUGGUGGGCAACAACCGCAUGGUGGACCUGGAAGAUCGACCUAACCUACCCUAUGUGCAAGCCAUGAUCCACGAAAUCAUUCGCUUUUCGGACAUCCACCCCAUCGGAGUCAUGCACAGCCCCUCUGAAGACACCGAGUUGGAAGGCUUCAAGCUGCCCAAGGGCACCUUCAUCUUCCCUAACUUCCACGCCGUCCACCGUGAUCCCCGUCAUUGGGAGAAACCAGAGGAGCUGUACCCUGAGCAUUGGUUGGACGCCAAUGGUCAAUUUGUUCCCAACCACGAUGGCUUCAUUGCCUUUGGAGCUGGCAAGAGGAAAUGUCCCGGUCAAGAAGUGGCUCAAAUGGAAUUGUUUUCCUUUGUGGCCAACCUCAUUCAGAAGUUCAACUUUUCGUUGCCCGCUUCCGAUUGCGGCACCCUUGAGACCUCAAUGGGAUGUGUGGUGUCACCCAAGCCCUACGAUCUUGUGCUUGAGGCCAGAUAUUAGAUCUUUGGUUAAGAUCUUUUGACACAAGCUCACACACACACACACACACACACACACACACCAUACCUGAGAAACUCAAUGGGAGAACUUUCCCUUCUUGUGACCGCAACCAAUUGUCAGCUCUAUCAAUAUUCAUUCAGAAAUAUCCGUUUAUUCACUUGUUAUAUGCUAUAUACAAUCAGAUUUUUUACAGCUACUUGUUUUCUUCCAUUAUAAGCAUAAGUAGUUUUGUCAAACGUUGAAAUAUAUAUUUCUGCCUUUGCCCUAGAACUCGAGCUAUCAGUUUAAUUGAGUAAAUUUUUGAGAGUCGUUCGCCUAUUUGUGUAAGGAGCAAAUAUUGAGAAUUUUUAUUGCUUGUCAGACUAUUAUCACCAAAUUGAACAAGCAUUAAAAUUUCAU